GAGGUGAUGAUAGCAUCCCUUCCAUCACGCGGGCAGAUGCAGCAUGGAGGCCUGACGCUUGCCCUUCAAACUAUGGUUGCACAAAAACAUUCAUUUCAGUUGAAGAUACAUUCACAGGAGGAACAUUUGAUGGUAAACACUGACGGACGAGACAUGAAACACACGCGUUUCUUUGUGGAAGACAUUCUCAGACCUGACUUUGGAAAAGGUAACACCCACCCGGUAUCACCAGACAGUCAUCGGGGUGGGUCCCCUUCAUCCUCCCCCGAGCACCCAGGUAGCCAAGGUUCCGAGCCGCACCGUCAGAACGAGGGGGAGGGGAAGGUGAACCUAUGGCCUGCCUGGGUAUACUGUACCCGAUACUCCGACAGACCAUCCGCAGGUCCCCGUAUUCGCAAGAUGAGGAAGAGGGAGAAGAGCACGGAGGAGAAGAGGCCCCGGACAGCGUUCACAACAGAGCAACUGGACAGGCUCCGUGAUGAAUUCAACGACACCCACUACCUGUCCGAGGAUCGACGUCGUGUGCUGGCAAAACAACUCAGUCUCAACGAAACACAGAUCAAGAUAUGGUUCCAGAAUAAAAGGGCGAAGUUAAAAAAGUCAUCGUCCUCCGAGAAACCUCUUGCCAGUAAGCUAAUGGCAGAAGGGCUAUACAACCACUCAACGUUCAAACCUGACGGAAGCUGACGUCAAGCGUUUCAGUGAUGCCAAAGACAUGUGCAUUUAAUGUUGCUGCGUUCUAGUUGUGCGCAGUAUGAUACAGGCUUAACGUUGUGGCCCAGUGCGUGAAGGUAAUAGUUGGGCCAUUGGUGCAUGAUGCUAAAAACAACCUCUAUUUCACGAUAAGAUUUUAUGUAUAUAGAGCUUUUUCAAUAUUCAUUGAAUGAUUCACCAAUAAGCAAGGGAACAAUCGAACACUUCAGUUGUGUCGAAAUACCGGGUGUUAACCAGGAAGAACAGCCAGAGACUGCACCCAUCACCUGUGCGUUGACACCGGUAUCCCAGUUCCCCGGCAGAACAGGUGUAACACCUCGAAGGAACAAUGUACAUAUUAUACACAACAGCUGUAAAUUUGGUAUUUUAUCAUUUCCAAGAUCUAUAUGUUAUAAACCCUUAUAUGUAAACUCACAUGUAUUUGUGCAUAUGUUGAAAAGGAUGAGGUUAUGGCUCACUUGAAAAGUCAAUUAUAAAUUUACGGGAAUUAUUUACAUAUUGUUUUGAAUGUUAUUGGGCAUGUUUAUAUGAUAAGCACUGCUUUUUCUUUCUGUCGCUUGCAAUGUUUAACCUUAUGCAAAUGAUAUGGCUAAAAUGAGUGAAGAUUUCAACUGUAAUAGAAUGAGCAUAUCCGCUACCCAAGGGGAAUAUUUUACCAUGUUUGUACUGACUUAGACUGCAUCUCAGAAAAUCGGCCUAGGUCAAAGACAUUCUUAAAGUGAUGAUAACGUUCAUAACGUUUUCUGAGGAUAUGGCAUAUUUCUGAUACACUACUCAACAAUUGAUAGGGAUAAUCAACUACGUCAUUUUAUUUAAAUGUACACGUGACGUGUAAGAAUCAUUUUUGUACAUAAAAGAAAGGUUACAAAUUUCCCUAUCAAAAGCGGAGUAGCAUAUAAUGGAAACGAAGUAGGUCCUUAUCAAAGCUAGUUCUUUCGAUGAAUCAUGACAAGCAAUGUGUACGUACCGAAUUAUAGUGUAGUGCAUUCUUCCUACGCAGUGAACUUUAACACGAAAUACUAAUAAAUCAUUUUGUAAAAAAUAUUUUUCCGAAGUUUUUUACAUUUUCUAUUUCCUGCAUCUCGGACAAAAUAUUUCCAAAACAGACUUACUGGUUUUUACUUCGGCUCCCAGACAGGUUAUCAGUGUCAUAAAGAUGUUGUGGUGGACCGCCUGUCCUCGAGAUGUCCUCGAGAUGAGGACACAUCUUCCCUCCUUGGACCAAGCAACAAGCAAUAUUUGAAUCCCAGUGUUUCUAUGAUGCUGUCUUUGAUGAAAUCGCCUCAUCAGCAGCCAGACGCACUGAAUUAUCUCUUUACGAAUAAAUUACACUAUUUCGACAUGGUUUCUCGAGUUUUAUUUUCAGAAAACGCCUUUCAAAUCUUGAUAGUCGACCUUAUCUGGAUUUACUGACAGCAUUGCUCUCGAAUUAAAUGGAAGAUUUAGUGCGAGACGAAAAAGUUAAUGUUUUUGUAUAAAGCGACUUGGUACAGGUAAAAGCCUACUUCUCAGAAUCUGUUAAUAUCAGUAUUGGAUUACUUAACCAACACUGAUGUUAAACGACCUUUGUCAGUUCGUAUAGGAAGGAGAGCACAGCAAAUGAAAUGUCUUUGAAUAAAAUGGCUGAUUAAAUCAUGAAUUUUAUCUUCUUCUGGUCGGACUCUGCGACAAACAUGAAAUUGUAAUUUGAAUAUCUGGCAUUACACUCUAAUAGAAUCAACAGCCCUGGAGCAUAUUUGGUUUGGAUGAUGAGGGAUGAUGGGGUUUUUUGCUUCUUUGUAAGAUGGUAAGUGCAUACAUAUGAAGCCAGAGCAUGUAUUUUAG